CGCCGUCGGGGGCGGGCGCGGGGCCGCGGCGGCCGCUCCUCUCCCGGGCCCCGGGGCCCGCGCCGCCGGAAGUGGGAGGAGCCCGCGGGCCGGCGCCCGCCCCCUGCCCCAGCUCGGCCGCCCCCUCCCCCGCGCCGCCCGCUCAGGCACAGAGCAGAUGGCGGCGCCUGAGGUGGCUGGUGUAGCAGCCAGUGCCCCCGACCCUCCCGAAUCCUCCUCUAGUUUAUGUGCUUCCAAAUCCGAGGAAGGCUUUCCCGAUGGUCUAAGCCCCAAAGACCCUGCCGAGAAGCACAAGAGCUCUCCUCUGUCCAGUGUAAGUAGUCCGGCGGUAACCAAGGAGAAUAACAGAAAUGUGCAUUUGGAGCAGACAGAGCAGGAUCCUGGUUCCCCAGCAGACGACACUCCAGCUGCGCGCCGGGCGGCUCUAGAAGGCAACUCACUGGCCGCAGCCCCUGGUCUUUCUGCCGGUGGGUCUCAGUCUGCUUUGAAGGACGCGGCUGGCAAGGCAGGAGAGGAGGGGGAGCGCCACAUGCCCGAGAGUCUCCGGCCGGCCUCUCCGAAGGCCGGGGCCCCUCCCCAGCAGCCUGCCUCUGGGAAUGGCCCUGCAGACCAGUCCCCAGCAGCCUCCAUCCAGAAGGAAGGGGGCCGAGACGCAGGCCUGGACACCCACCCUAUAGUGCCUCCUGCCUCUGGCAUGGAAGGAGGCCGAGCGGAUCAGGACAGUGCUUCCCCGAAGCUUUCUCAGAACAUUGCCGUCCAGACUGACUUUAAGACGGCGGACUCAGAGGUAAACACAGAUCAAGACAUUGAGAAGAAUCUGGGUAAAAUGAUGACCGAGAGAACCUUACUGAAGGAGCGCUACCGAGAGGUCCUGGACAAGCAGAGGCAAGUGGAGAACCAGCUUCAGGUUCAAUUAAAGCAGCUCCAGCAGCGGAGGGAAGAAGAGAUGAAGAAUCAUCAGGAGAUAUUGAAGGCUAUCCAGGAUGUAACGAUAAAGCGGGAAGAAACAAAGAAGAAGAUAGAGAAAGAGAAGAAGGAGUUUUUACAGAAGGAGCAAGAUCUGAAAGCAGAAAUUGAGAAGCUUUGCGAGAAAGGCAGAAGAGAGGUGUGGGAAAUGGAGCUGGAUCGACUCAAGAAUCAGGAUGGUGAAAUAAAUCGGAACGUUCUGGAAGAGACAGAGCGGGCAUGGAAGGCAGAGAUCUUAUCACUGGAGAGUCGGAAAGAAUUGCUGGUGUUGAAAUUAGAAGAAGCAGAAAAAGAAGCAGAAUUGCACCUUACUUACCUCAAGUCGACACCCCCGACACUAGACACAGCUCGGUCCAAACAGGAGUGGGAGACCAGGCUGAACGGAGUUCGGAUCAUGAAGAAGAACGUUCGGGACCAGUUCAAUAGCCACAUCCAGCUCGUGAGGAACGGGGCCAAGCUGAGCAGCCUUCCUCAGAUCCCCACCCCCACGCUCCCUCCACCCCCCUCAGAGACAGACUUCCUGCUUCAGGUGUUCCAGCCCAGCCCCUCCCUGGCUCCUCGGAUGCCCUUCUCUCUUGGGCAGGUCACAGUGCCCAUGGUCAUGCCCAGUGCAGAUCCCCGGCCCUUGUCUUUCCCGAUCCUGAACCCCGCCCUCUCCCAGCCCGGCCAGCCCUCCCCGCCCCUUCCCGGAUCCCACGGGAGAACUAGCCCAGGCUUGGGUUCCCUGGUCGGCCCCCACGGCCCACACAUGCCCCCUGCCGCCUCCGUCCCGCCUCCCCCAGGCCUGGGCGGUGUUAAGGCUUCUGCUGAAACUCCCCGGCCCCAGCCAGUCGACAAACUGGAGAAGAUUCUGGAGAAGCUGCUGGCGCGGUUCCCACAAUGCAAUAAGGCCCAGAUGACCAACAUUCUUCAGCAGAUUAAGACGGCUCGUAGCACCAUGGCCGGCCUGACCAUGGAGGAGCUGAUACAGCUGGUGGCUGCUCGCCUGACGGAGCAUGAGCGGAUAGCAGCGAGCUCCCAGCCGCUCGGUCGCAUCCGGGCCUUGUUCCCGGCUCCACUGGCCCAAAUCAAUACUCCGGUGUUCUUGCCUUCUGCCCAAGUCUCCUACCCUGGGAGGUCUCCACAUGCUCCGGCCACCUGUAAGCUGUGUCUGAUGUGCCAGAAACUGGUCCAACCCAGCGAGCUGCACCCCAUGGCGUGUUCCCACGUGCUGCACAAGGAGUGUAUCAAAUUCUGGGCCCAGACCAACACAAAUGACACUUGUCCCUUUUGUCCAACUCUUAAAUGACGGAGCCGACAGGGGAGGACGCCAAGGAGAGACUGAUGUGAAGCGCGGGUUCAAGAUUUCUAAGACUCUAUAUUUAUACAGCAACAUAUCCUCAUGCCAUGUACAUUUCUAUUAUAUAGGUAACGUGUGUAUAGAAAGUCUGUAUUCCGAUGUUUGUGAAAUGAAAGUGUGUAUAUCAUGCAGAAAUGGUCGGUCCCCCUCCACCCGCAGUCCCAGCGGAGGGGUGGGGGGGGCUGGGGGCUUCCGAGCAUUU